AUGCUUCAUUUCGACAGUCCUUUGAUGUUUGUCGCCAGCGAUAAUAUCACGAAACACCCAGACAUUGGCUACAACAAUGGCGGUUAUCAGAAUGAAACUUUUGUCGACGCUUUUGUCAACUAUGGAAAGAUUCUGCUCUCUCAUUAUGCAGACCGAGUCCCAAUAUGGGUGACCUUCAAUGAGCCCCUGCUUUACGCAUUCAAUUUCAAAGGAGCGGACCACGUUGUCAAGGCACAUGCUCAGAUCUAUCACUUCUAUCAUGAUACAUUGAAGGCUACAGGGAAAAUUGGGAUAAAGUUCAAUGAUAACUUUGGAGUGCCUCAAGAUCCGAAAAAUUCUAGCCAUGUCCUGGCAGCUGAUCGCUUCCAAGAAAUGCAACUGGGUAUCUUCGCAAACCCAAUCUUCUUGGGUAAGCAAUAUCCAAAGUCCGUGUUAGAAACACUCCCGGGAGCCAAGCCUUUGAGCAAAUCCGAACUGAACCACAUCCACAACACAUCCGACUUUUUCGGGAUCGAUCCGUACACCGCUACGGUAGUUUCUCCGGCCGAUGAAGGCUUCAAGGCUUGCGCUGCCAAUCGAUCAAGUUCGAAUGAGCUUUUCCCAUAUUGCGUCAAGCAAGAAACAAAGAAUAUCUACGGAUGGAACAUUGGGUAUCGCUCUGGGUCCUACGUCUAUAUUACACCGACGCAUUUACGAGAAUAUCUCUUCUAUCUGUGGAACACUUUUAGAACCCCAAUUCUGGUGUCAGAAUUUGGGUUUCCGGUACACGCAGAAGCAGAACGGGAGGAGCUCUCUGAUCAGCUUUUUGACUCUCCACGCAGUGUCUAUUAUCUUUCCUUCAUGUCUGAAAUUCUCAAGUCAAUAUAUGAAGAUGGUGUGCAUGUUAUGGGAGCCCUUGCUUGGAGUUUCGUCGACAAUUGGGAAUUUGGAGACUACGCGCAGCAAUUUGGCAUUCAAGCGGUCAAUCGUACAACCCAGCAGCGAUACUACAAGAAGAGCUUCUUUGACCUGGUUGAUUUUGUGAAAACUCGACACCUGAACAAAGAUUGA